AUGGAAAAAAGGCUCAUAGAAAAGGUUCAACAGGACAAUAAACUAACAGAGUUGGAGGACAAGAUCCAUGAACAGGAAAAGAAAAACAGAAAGUUGCGGAACACGAUCUGGCACCCGAAAGAUACAUUCAAAUUUGAUGUGAUUCACUGGGUCAAGGAAAAAGAUGAAGACUUGCAAAAGAAGUUUGAUGAAGUCCAGAAAACAAAUAAAGAACUGCUUAAAGAAAACGAGCAACAAGAAGCUAAAAACAACGAGUUGCAGCGCAAGCUCAAUGAACACAUAGAGGAGCAACGCAAAAUCCGUGACCUGGAAGAUGCACACAAAGAGGAGCAGCGCAAACACCAUGAACUGAAAGCGACACAGAGAGACUUGCUGCGCGAAAGCCAUGACCUGGACCUUACAUACUUAAAGGUGCAGCGCAAAUUUCAGGAGGCUGAGGGAAAAACUGCAGAUUUGGAAAUGUGGCUUAAUAUAUACAAGCCAAAAAAUGAAAAAAUCUUUGAAUCGAAGGAAAAAUAUUGUGCCCUGGAACUCACAAAGUUGCGGGGCAAGCUCAAUGAAUACACAGAUCUGCAGUGCAAACUCAAUGACCUGGAAGCGACACACAGAGACGUGCAGCCCAAACUUCGGGACGCAGAGAAAGAAAAUGAAGGUUUGCGAGCGAAGCUUGAUGAAGAACAGCUAAAAUAUGAAGCAACGCUUGAAGCAAAGGAAGCAGCGACACAUUCACAGAGAGAUGUUUGGCAGAUGAAGUUCUGUAGGCAGAAAGAGGAAGAGGUAGAGGUGGGGUGCAGACUUCAGGUGGCAGAGAAAGAAAAUGAACGCUUGCAAGCAGAACUUGAUGAAGUCGAGCUAAAAACUGAAGAAAUGCUUAAAGAAAUGAAAGAACGGGAAGCUAAAAACGCAGAGUUGCAGAGCAAGAUCAGUGACCUGGAAGGGAUGCACGCAGCGGUGCAACCGGUGCAGCGCAAACUUCAGGACGUAGAGAAAGAAAAGGAAGCCUUGCAAGCAAAAAUUGAUGAAGCCCAGGCUUCAGCCCAGUUAAUAGAUGAAAAAAUGCUUAAACUGAAGGAAGAACAUGAAGUUAAACAAAAGGAGUUGCAGGACAAAAUCCAUGACCUGGAAGCGACACACGCAGAGGAGCAGGGCAAACUUCAGGACACAGAGAGAGAAAAGGAAGACUUGCGAGCAAAGCUUGAUAAAGCCAAGCUAAAAACUGAAGAAAUGCUUAAAGAAAUGAAAGAACGGGAAGCUAAAAACGCAGAGUUGCAGAGCAAGAUCAGUGACCUGGAAGGGAUGCACGCAGCGGUGCAACGCAAACUUCAGGGCGCAGAGAAAGAAAAGGAAGACUUGCGAGCAAAGCUUGAUAAAGCCAAGCUAAAAACUGAAGAAAUGCUUAAAGAAAUGAAAGAACGGGAAGCUAAAAACGCAGAGUUGCAGAGCAAGAUCAGUGACCUGGAAGGGAUGCACGCAGCGGUGCAGCGCAAACUUCAGGACGUAGAGAAAGAAAAGGAAGACUUGCGAGCAAAACUUGAUGAAGCCCAGGCUUCAGCCCAGUUAAUAGAUGACAAAAUGCUUAAAAUGAAGGAAGAACAUGAAGCUAAACAAAAGGAGUUGCAGGACAAAAUCCAUGACCUGGAAGUGAAAAUUCCAGACAUAGAGAAACAAAUUGAUGACAGCGACCGUGAAGCUAAACUGGACAGAGAAAAAGGACCUGUUACCCUGGAAAAGGAUCAUUCUCCAAAGAAAGACCUGAUAAUGGAUACCCAUACAAAGAUACCCAUAAACUCAAAGGACAACUCAGUCCAACACUUUGAUUUUGGGAUACCUAUGAUGUGCACCCAGCAGGCUGUAAGUAACAGCUCCCAGUCCAGACCGCCAGUCGUGAUGCCCAAGUUGCAAAAGAAGAGUCUGAAGCAAGAUGUGACCCCUGCACCACAAACACAGGUGUACAUAAAACCAGAAGAAGAAAGGUCAGUGCAUCACUUUGAUUUUGGGAUUCCUGUGAAGUACAUCCAGCAGGCUGUAAGUAACAGCUCCCAGCCCAGACCAUCAGUCGUGAUGCCCAAGCUGAAAAUGCCUCCCCAAGUGAAUCAAGUCAAGGCUGCUGCUGGUCCCAGACCCCGGCCUGUCUCGGCUAAAGAACCACAGCCGUCUACACCCUCUGUUGCUGGAACCUCUGACUCAGGGAGAGGAAAAAUCAUGGGCAAAAAAGGAGCAGAGAGUGCACGGCUAGAAGCACAAAAGGCUGUCUUGCUGCAAGAAAAAGAGAAAUUGAAAGCAGUGCUUGAAACUGUCAACGUCCAGAUAGAAAUGGGAAAGGCACUGCUUUAUAAACAAAAGAUCAACACAGCUGGUUCACUCAAAAUUGAACAGCUGGAAGCAGCAGCCAAUGAGGAAAAACAACAGAACAUUCAGACCGAGAGGCUCUUAGCAGAACAGCUUGCAGAAACUAAGAGACUGAAGGAAGAGCUGGCCAAGGCACAGAAAAAACUUGAGGAGGAAAAACUUCAGAGGGAGGAGGACGUGUCACGUCUUCAGGCUGAGCACAUCAAAAUAACAUCCAUGAUGAAAGCAGCAGCAACCAAGGCCCAGGAAGACCUGGAAAAUGAGCGGUCACAGUGGCUCCAGGAAAGGUCCACCAUCCAGUCAGCUCUGAAAUCCCUAAAGGAGUCCAUUGAUGAGACUAUGGAAGAAAAAGAUAAAUUCAUUACUGACGUAAUGAAUCAAGUCCAUCAAUUAGAGCAGACUCAAGAGGAGGCUCAGAAAAAGCUGAAGAAGAGAUCUCUGAGGAAGAGAUUUAUGCAACUGUUUAAAAGAUCCUGAAGGACCACUGUUGUAAUCUCCAACCUCAAUCCUGUAAAUUUCUCUUCCACCAAAGAACAACAAACUAACAACUAGCCCCAACCG